AGUGAAGGUCAUUUUUGUUGGUGGUGUGGCUUUAGUCUAACGCCGUCAUCCGACCUGUCCGGACCGCGCUUUCGUUCUAUGUCGAUAUGGAAAAGACCAGCGAGUCCGAAAACAAACAAUGGAGGGAAAUGCGGGUAAAAGAGAAGAUAUCUUAUAUUGUUAAAAACAUUACCGUCGAGCCCAUCCUCACUUGUUACAUUCUUCCCAACAUAGUCGCUAGCCUAGCAACCCAGAAUCUCAAUUUGGAAAAGGCGUGUCGAGUCAACUUGAAGAGCGACAAUGUCACUGCCGAGGUCUGUGAUAUGAUCAAAUCACGGAACGUUACAAAGGAUAUAGAGCAGUAUGAACAGGAAGCACAGCUCCUGGUAGUCGGAAUGACCUAUUGGCAGUCUGUCAUGAGAAGCACACUCCCAGCCAUUUUCAUUCUCUUCUUAGGCUCCUUUAGCGACAGAAGUGGUCGCCGGAAACCGUUUAUGUUGCUUCCGAUUGCUGGAGAACUAUUAACUUCGGUAGGUCUUAUACUGUGCACCAUUUACGAAGAUUGGCCGAUGGAGGUUGCCGGAUUCGUUGAAGCCAUUUUUCCAGCCCUGACUGGUGGAUGGACGACAAUGUUCAUGGGUGUCUUCAGCUACAUGGGCGACAUUACGUCUGUUGAUAGCAGGACACUGCGGCUAGGUAUUGUCAAUAUAUGCGUUCAAUUAGCCGCCCCUUUAGGCAUGCUCAGCAGCGGUUUCUUAUACCAAGCUAUCGAUUUCAUUGGUGUUUUCAGCAUCGUUACGGCAAUGUAUGUUAUAGGAUUGAUCUACGGAGUUAUCAGGAUAAAAGAGAUCAGAAAACCCAACAAAUUAAAGCACAACAUAAUCAAAGAAUUAACCAAUCCUAUGCAUAUCAUAGAAACCUUUCGUGUAUCCUUUAAAUCCCGCGAAGGAAAUUUAAGAACUCGGGUUAUUCUAGUGAUGAUUCUCUCAAUAACGAUUUAUGGUCCAAUAAACGGGGAACUAGCUGUUGGUUAUCUUUUUACUAGGCUUCAAUUUCAUUGGGAUGAAGUGGAUUUCAGUAUUUACUCUACUUAUGGAAUAGCUGUAAACCUUGUUGGAACAACUUUAGGGAUAGGUGUUUUCAGCCACCUGAUGAAAAUGGAUGAUGCAAUGCUUGGACUUAUAGCUUGUUCAAGCAAGAUUAUUGCCAGUAUUUUUUAUGCUUUUGCUAAAACCUCUACGCAGUUCUACUUAGCUUCAUUGAUCGACAUGGUUGGAGGGACAGCUGUAAUAGCAAUGAGAUCGAUCGCUUCUAAGUUAGUACCAUCUGAAGAAUUGGGAAAAAUUAACUCACUUUUUGGAGUUUGUGAGGCAGUGACACCUCUUAUUUAUCAACCAUUGUAUAGCUUUGUUUAUCAAAAGACUAUCAAUACUCUUCCUGGUGCAUUUUUCCUAGUGGGAAGUUCUUUGACUUUACCAACCGUUCUUAUAUUUCUGUACCUUUAUUAUUUAAAUAAAAAGCAACCGCUUAACGGUAAAAUAUUGAAUAAAGAAGAUUCCCAUGAAAUCAAGACGAAUGAAGCAUUUGAUAUGUCAGAAGAAACCUUGGAAGCUCCAGCCAACACAAAACUUUAACUUGUAAAAAUAAAAAACAUUUUAAAAUGUUUAUAUUGUAAACCAUCUGUUAAAAAGUGUUUUUGAUUAUCGAUUGUAUAUUUUUGUAAAUAUAACAUAUUAAAUAAGUUUAAAUAA